AUGACGACUCUUUUCUUCCUGGCAAAGAAGCGGCAAUGGACGAUGAAAGAAACCAUUCGACGCUCUGCGCGCAAGGUCGGCAGCGCCGUCAAGGCCGUCACCACGCCCAUCACACCCAAGAAGAUGACCUUUUCGCCCGUCGAGAAGAGACAGCGUAACGAAGUGGCGUUGAAGAAAGCCAACGACGAACUUGCGAGGUCUGGGGCGAAGGAGAAACAGAGAGAGCGAGCGCAGCGGAGCGACUCGGCUUCUUCAAGCAGCGAUAGGGAUGUGGAGAAGGGUCUGCCUGAUUCGGCAGUGAAGAUUGAGGCGAAAGCCGGGACUGACGACUCGGGGGAGAGGACCGGGAAGAAAGACAAGAGGAGGCCGAGACCGCCCAGUGUGAGCAUCCCGUCGAGUGCUUUUGAGAUGGAUAGUCCGAAGACGCCCAUGUGGAAGAAGGUGUUUGGGCGGUAG